CUCGCGGGGAGGGCGGGGAGGAGCCAAGGGGCCUAGAGGGCUCCGCCGAAACUGUGUGGGGCUGGCGGCUGGCGGUAGAGACGGCUGUGGUGGACCGGGUCGAGUGGGAUCCCGGUCCCAGAACAGCCCUAGGAGGCGGACGGGCGGACAGCAUGCCCCCACUGCUGCACCCCGCCCUGCCGCUGCUCCUGGGCGCCACGCUGACCUUCCGGGCGCUCCGGCGCGCGCUCUGUCGCCUGCCCCUACCCUUGCACGUGCACGCCGACCCCCUGCGCACCUGGCGCUGGCACAACCUUCUCGUCUCCUUCGCUCACUCCAUUGUAUCGGGGAUCUGGGCGCUGCUGUGUGUAUGGCAGACCCCCGACAUGUUGGUGGAGAUUGAGACAGCAUGGUCACUUUCUGGCUAUUUGCUCGUUUGCUUCUCUGCAGGGUAUUUCAUCCACGACACGGUGGACAUCGUGGCUAGCGGUCAGGCGCGAGCCUCUUGGGAAUACCUUGUCCAUCACAUCAUGGCCAUGGGUGCCUUCUUCUCUGGGAUCUUUUGGAGCAGUUUUGUCGGUGGGGGUGUCUUAACGCUACUGGUGGAAGUCAGCAACAUCUUCCUCACCAUCCGCAUGAUGAUGAAAAUUAGUAAUGCCCAGGAUCAUUUCCUUUACCGGGUUAACAAGUAUGUGAACCUGGUCAUGUACUUUCUCUUCCGCCUGGCCCCUCAGGCCUACCUCACCCAUUUCUUCUUGCGUUAUGUGGGCCAGAGAACCCUGGGCACCUUCCUGCUGGCUGUCCUGCUCAUGUUGGACGUGAUGAUCCUAAUCUACUUUUCCCGCCUCCUCCGCUCCGACUUCUGCCCUGAGCGUGUCCCCAGGCAGCAACACAAAGACAAGUUUUUGACUGAGUGAGAGGCACAGAGCCUGGGACAGCAAACACGGGACAAGAACAGAAACAGCCUCACAUGGAAACUGGGACUUAGCCCCAAGCCCCAGCGUCCUCUGGGGCAAGCCUCUCUACCUUCGGAGCCUGCGCCCACACUAUUGAAAACACUAAUGAAAGCA